AUGAUACAAGAGUCAUGUCCUUUUAAAGUCGCAUUGUCUGGUGUAGGUGGUUUCGUAUUGGGAGGAUUAUUUGGAAUGUUCAUGUCUUCAUUUGAAAUGGCUUCCGUUGAUCCAACAAUUUAUGAUCAACCAAUGAAAAAACAAUUAAAGGCUACAGCACAAGAUAUGGCUCGUCGUUCUUUUUCUAUGGCAAAAAAUUUUGCGGUUGUGGGAGCAAUAUUUUCUGGUACCGAAUGCGUCAUUGAAGGGCAGCUGGAUGUAUUACUGGCGCUGCAUUAG